CCCCGGUCCCGUUCCUUCUGCUUCAGAUUCGCAUCCCACUCGGCUGCUUUGGCAGCUGGAAAAGGAGGAAAGCCAUGCAGGGAUGGGUGCUGGAAAGAUAUAAGGUGAUCCACUUCUCCUCCCUCCCCAUUACUGCGCUGCUUGCACGUUUUGCUGUUUGGAUACAACUAAACUUGGCGAAUUCUUGGAGGAUUUCGUUUUGGCCAAGUCCUUUUUGUCCUCUGGAGACCUCUUGUCCCAGGCAGCGUAUCUCCCCAAAGUGGAUUCCUGUCACAUCAUUGCCUCAUUUGGGGGGUGGGGAGCGUGGGGGAGGACGGAAGAACAACGCUGGGGUUGAAACGCUGCUGCUCUCGCCUCUCUUUUUCGCCCAGCCGCUGGCAAGUCUUUUCCUCCUCCAGGUUCUGCAAAAUACUGAGGAAAAGUCCACGAGUGAACGGCGGGCGCUGUCGAGAGCGGGGAGGUGCUGAAAUGUCCCAGACAUCCUGGUCGCAGUCUUGAUUGGCAGAGCCGGCCAAUGACUGACAGGGGGUCUCCAUGGCGCCCGUGCCGCCAAUCCGCCCACCCCAGUAGAGGCGCCCGCUCGCCCGCCUUCGUGCCCUAACCGAGCCGAGCCGAAACCGAGCCGCGGAGCCCGCACCUCCUCCAAUCUCUCCCGCUUUCUCGCUCCCCGCAGUUGUGCCUCCACCGCCGCCCCAGCUGUGCGUCCCGGCUGCCCAGAGCUGCUUCACCAAGAAGAGCCUAGCGCACCCGACCGGGCCCGUGGGCAUCUGCUGCGUGUCCCGCUCCGGGCUUAGCAGUCCAGCCGCCGGCGGCGCUGCCUCGAUGUUCCAGCUGCCCAUCUUGAAUUUCAGCCCCCAGCAAGUGGCGGGGGUAUGCGAGACUCUUGAGGAGAGCGGCGACGUGGAGCGCCUGGGUCGCUUCCUCUGGUCGCUGCCGGUGGCCCCUGCGGCCUGCGAGGCCCUCAACAAGAAUGAAUCCGUGCUGCGCGCGAGAGCCAUCGUGGCCUUCCACGGUGGCAACUACCGCGAGCUCUACCAUAUCCUAGAAAACCACAAGUUCACCAAGGAGUCGCACGCCAAGCUUCAGGCUCUGUGGCUUGAAGCGCAUUACCAGGAGGCUGAGAAGCUGCGUGGACGGCCCCUGGGGCCCGUGGACAAGUACCGCGUGAGGAAGAAGUUCCCGCUGCCGCGCACCAUUUGGGAUGGCGAACAGAAGACACACUGCUUCAAGGAGCGCACGCGGCACCUGCUACGGGAAUGGUACCUGCAGGACCCGUACCCCAACCCCAGCAAAAAGCGUGAGCUCGCCCAGGCAACUGGACUGACCCCUACGCAGGUGGGCAACUGGUUCAAAAACCGCCGACAAAGGGACCGGGCAGCUGCCGCAAAGAACAGACUCCAGCAGCAAGUCCUGUCGCAGAGCUCCGGGCGGGCUCUAAGAGCCGAGGAAGAGGGCACGCCCGAGGUGCUGGGCGCCGUCUCCAGCCCGGCCGCCAGUCUAUCUAGUAAGGCAGCCACUUCGGCCAUCUCCAUCACGUCUAGCGACAGCGAGUGCGACAUCUGAGCUGCCCACGCAGCACGCUCAGAAACAGAAUGCGGUGUACAAAACGAGAAAAACAAAAUGAAGGAGGAAAGAUGAAAGACCAAGCAAACCCAGCGUUUUCGAAGCCAGGUGGCCAGGAGCUCGGGAUGAGGGACGCGCGAGCUCGGGUUGCCGUGUCCACCCGGUGGCCCGCGCGGCUCCACUGGCGCCCCCCUCGGCCUCUACUGCUGCGGCCCACGGUGAGGCCCGACCCAGUGCCACGUUCUUCUUGCUUUGCUUUUUCCCAAGGAGUUUGCUGCAAGGAUGCCUCCGGAACCUGAACUGCACGCUGAGCACCUGCCUGAAUCUCCCGUGGGUAUUUCACGUCGAAAGGACGCUGUUAUAUAUGUAUAACUUUUGCUUUAAAGUUUUUUAAACAAAACAUAUAUAUGCUGUUUAUUUACUUAUUUAAGAGACUGCCAUGGUAGGUUUCUCUGUAUCUUGGGAACUUCCUGUUUCUAAAGGCGCAGGGUGGAGCGGAGGGGUUUGUAUGGAGAAGCCAAACAAUAAAAACCUGGUGAGCAACCUUUCUUAAUUAAGGGAGCUGCUCUCAGAUUCCUUUAAAAAAAAAAAAAGAAAAAGAAAAAGAAAGACGUUCUAUUCACCAGGCAGGCAAGGACCCUAGUGCAAAUGAUAUAUUUUGCCUUCUCUGAUGUCUCCUGGUAUAUUUUUAAAACAGCCCAUGGUAGGUCCAUAACCACAUAGCCACCUCCCAAGUCAAAUUGCGUGUGUGUAGGUAGGUACAUACGUAUGUAUGCAUGUACAUAUGUAUAUAUGAUAUAUUUAAACCUAGAAAUUGGCAACAUGAGCAUUCUAUAUUAGGCA